GUGACAUUCCUUGGCUGAACAUCGGCAUGGUCUUCUCUACUCAUGCUGGUCGCGAGAUCAUCAUCGCCUUCCAUACAUUGAUUACUUACACACUGGUGCUGACUGCAUUUGGUACUGUAUUCCUGCUGAGGAGAAGGUGAAGCUGGACAAGGUGGUUCACACACUACUGCAGGCUAAUGGAACCCCAGGACUGGAGAUGUUGGAGAACAACAUCAUGAUCUCUCCGGAGGUGCUGUGUCGAGCGGGGGUCAAAGUGCACCGGACCGUCCAGCAGAGUGGCCAGUUCGUCGUGUGUUUCCCGGCAGCGUUCGUCUCCAAGGUGUGCUGCGGCUACAGCGUCUCCGAGACAGUGCACUUCGCCACCCCCCAGUGGCUGAACACGGGAUACCAGGCUGCCAAGGAGCUGAAAUGUCGACGCAUAGAGAGGUCUUUCUCCAUGGAGAAGUUGCUGUACCAGAUCGCAAUGUCAGAAUCUAAACGGGAGAAUGGUGUCAUUCUGAGUACCAUGACCUCACUUCUCAAAGACCUCAGGGAUACAGAGUUGAGACAGCGCAGGGAUCUGUUUGACGCCGGGCUGCGGUCUGUUGCCCGCUACUGUAGCCAUGACAACCAGGCCUCGUCAGAGAGCAGGAGGAUCCAGCGCCAGUGGCUGAGGCUCGACCCCUCGGACCGACGCUGCCAGGUGUGCCAACACCUCUGCUACCUCUCCAUGGUGGUUCAGGAGAGUGAGAACGUGGUGUUCUGUCUGGAGUGGGUCCUGCUGUACGUACAGAAACACAAGUCCUGCCGAGGCCUCAAAAUGAUGUACCGUUACGACGAGGACCAAAUCAACCAUCUGGUGAGCAGGGUGUGUGGGAGAGUGCUGGAGAGGAGCGGUGCUGAGAAGAGGAGAGGGACGAGAGGACUUCAGGGCCCCGGUGAGACGUCCACCCCGGCCAAACGCAGCGCCCGAAACAGAACCUCCAUCACUGUGUCCCUCACCCGCCUCCCCUCCUCCACCCUGCCCAAGACCGCCCUCAGCUCUAAAUAACUCACAUCAUGGGUCGCGCUCCAAUACUUCACAUCCUUCCUUCCUGGGUUCUUUGAGGUAAACACAGAUUUACAAGUGGUUAGGUUACUACCACACAAUUACUGUCACCAAUACAACCAAUUCACACCYGUGAUUACUUCAAAGGAAGGUAGGAAGGAUUUCUGAAGUAUUCCAACAGGACCAGUGCUUCACUACGGUACAUUUCUCUCUGCUCAGUGUGGAGAAUGUGCUCCUUAAACCACGGCUUUUGCACUAGAGUAAAAAAACAUGUUUUUAAGAGGCAUUAAUGGCUGGAUUCAUUUCCGUAUCGGAGGAUCCGCGUUUCAGCUCAAUUGAAAUUUGAAGGCAAUGUUCCCGCGUUCACUGUAUAUCUCAACUCAAUCGGAAAUUACCUUUAAAAUGUGAGCGCGGAUCUUCAGCGAUAUGGAUUGAAUCCAGCCCUUUCGUCCAAUACUGUAUAUUGUAUCUAGAUAUCACAAUAUCCUCCUAGCUACACCUACUGUUAUUACCUACAGACUUCACUUCCCUGGUGCUACAUCUUGGUGCUCAAUUUAUACUGUAUUUGGUGUAGUAAUAAUAAUGAUCAUUUCUGUUUUGCUCAAAGCCAUUGGACUGCAUCCUGAACUGUGAACACGGUUUUAGAACUUGUUACCAAUAAGUAGAUUCUACAGUUUCGCGUUAGACUCCAACCAGUAAUAAGGCUCUUCAGGGGUUUGUAAUACAUGAAAACGAUACAAAGAUUUUUCCAGCGGAGCGCAAAAUGUGGGUCAUAUUUAUUAGUGCUAAAUGUAGGAAAACAUUUUGCAACGGGAAAAACAAAAAACAAGCGUUCCUUAUUGGACAUGUUCAGGUAGUCCCUCCCCGUUUUGGCCCUUUUGCUUCCGUUUGGUUCCUAGUGAAUAAGACCCUGGCCCCUUCUCAGAUCACUGAUGUUAUAAUUGUUUAGAGAAUUGGCCAAGAAUGGACCGGUCAUCAUGGGCUUCACACCGCUCAUCUGAUCAUUUUGGUGUGAAACACUGUGCCUAAAAAAAAAUUGCAUACUAAUCAUUUUCAAUCACUUCUGGUGCCGAUAGUUUUUGUUUUGUGACCAAGUUAUCCACUCUAGACCCUUAUAGGCUCUUGACCUGCAACUCUUGGGUCUCCGGGAAUGCGUUCCGAAYGGCAGCCWAUCCCCUAUUUAGAGCACUAGUUUUGACCAGAGCCCCAAGGGCACWAUAUAGGGAAUAGGGUGCCAUUUGGGAGUCACRAUCCAGGUGUUUUAUCAAAGAACAAAGAACUGAAAACCACAACAGCAUUGUACAUAUAAAACAAUGUCAAUGUCUAAAGAUACAUGUACCUGAGCCUUUUAAGGAAUGGAAUACAGUGUUUUGGAGUAGGGGAUUUAUGAAGAAAAAGCCUCUYCCCCAGUUACUUCAUCUGUGGCCCCGUAUACACUCAACGGUUGUGAUACAAAACAAAUCUACAAUUACACAAGCAUUGUGGAGACAGUGAAAUGGUUUGUGUAAUUUUUUUUUGUGCAGACAAAAAAAUAUAUAUUGUAU